UCGUGGCACUUUGCACAGAUAAAUAAAGACAUUUCGGGUCCGGGUUGAAAACUCCUGAUUUAACUAUAUUGGCGGGGGGGUAUUUUUAGAAAUCUUUUGCCCGAGGUAUUCAGACACUUCGCCUAGCCACUGUACCUACAAUCUACAUACCUACCUAUGUGACGACAUGUGGCAGAGGUAGGUAGUAUUGCUAAGUGUACUUAUUAUAACUUUACGCUGUCAUGGUGGGGGUGAAAGGGAGCGGUAAAAUGACGAAGAAGACGGCGACGUGGUACGCUGGGCAAGUGUGUGUGCAGGUAGGCUCUGCAGUGCGGCGGGGAAAAUUAACAGAGCGGCUAGCGAAUGAGCGUGUUACUCAGUGAAUUUAGCUGGAUAAUACACAGUUUUCCAGUCGUCGUAAUCUGUCGGCGCGAGCUGUUCAGCGAGCACAUGUCAUUGACGAUCAAAAGCACCUUAUAAAACACGGUUUCGCAGAUCACAUGGACGCGGUCAAGCUGGAGGCCAAAUGGCCGCCAGACAGGAAAUCCACCAUCGAAGCAUCCGAGUUUGGUAUCUACAAGGAGCCGUCCGACGGGAAACGCCUGCGCGGCACUGACAAGGCCACAGGAUGUCUCCUGGUACUAUCCCUGAUCGCUGCGGCCGCGGUGGUGCUAUACUUCUCGUUCUAUGAUUAUACAAUCCCAACAACUCAAGGUGCGUCUACUGGACCAAUAGUGAGUUACGCAAAAUACGUAAAAGAAAAAAAUACUUUUACUACUCAAAUGGUUAACCGGUCGACAGACGGGCUUCUGACAGCAGUUCUCGGUGUGCAAAAUUCCGAAAACUACACGAAACGAAAUCCGGAGGACGACGUAGUUAUUGCCAAGAGGAUUGACGACGGUAAGUUAGGAAACGGUAGGCACAUGCGAUUGUAUCCUCAGAUGGGACCGCAACAGCCGGCUUAUUUGUCGUACGAUUCAAAUUAUUGGAGAAUUAAUAAAAACAAUAAGCUCGAAUAUGCCGAUGGUAUGUAUGGGUUCAAUCGGAGAUCGGACUUUCCGCAGUUGGCAGCUUAUCGAGCACCGUUCCCGCCAAAGAGCAUCCUGGACGUUAUGAAAUACGUGACUGGGGCCCCUCAUAAGGCAAACAUUCCGGAAUACAUGAUAGCACAAGAAUCCAACCCUCAUCGGUACUAUCCUAUUCGACCGGCGGAAGAAGUCAACAGAUUCCUCCCGGAUGUAAAUACGCCAAGUGCCAAUCUGAGAAGAUUCCGCAACAAAUUUGGUCCGCCGGUAUUCUUGACACCGCCUAUCAUGUCGUUCCCGGAUGACUUCAUGAAGCCGCCCGACCUCGAUGCCUAUUAUUCGAUGGAUUUUGAGAGUGACGUUCCUUUAGACCUUACGCUACAAGAAGGGUCAUCUAGUGUACCGUCACAUACCGGCGUAAUAUUCCGUCCACCUUUUAACAGUGGUUAUCCUGUACCAGAUACUCCAAAACAAAAAAAAGUUAAAAAUAAAAGAAACAAAAAGCCAAUAAGCGUGAUGUUAGACAUCUAUCCAUUAUCGGAUAACGAACACGAAAAUAAUGAACAAGCUGAAGAAGAUGAAGAAGAGCAUCAUCCCGAGAUAAUUACUUCGUUAAAAAACAAUGUUCAGUAUUCAGAUUCAGAUAAAUUAUUGUUUCGAUUGAACUUAUUUCCAAAAUUCAGUGACGGUGGCCGUAGAAUGUCCAAAAAUUUGAAGUCCGAAGAACACGAUGGUCGUAAACCAACUAUUCAUUUGACAACGAAUAAACCAUUAUUAGACAAAGAAAAAACCGAAGAUGAUGAAAAAUUAUUCGACUAUGAAUAUUCGUCAGAAUCAAAAAAUAUAGCAAAUAUAUCAAAAACACAAUAGUGCAAGAAUCAAGACUUGAACCAAAUUAAUUGAGUUACUCUUAAUUAAUACAAAAAUUACUAUAAUUUAUAAUUUAUAAACUACUAUAAGUCUGUGUAUUUUUUAUAAAGCAAAAAUAGAUGUUUAAAAAGUAUUUCA